AUGAAUAAACGAAAACAGUCUACGCUCUUAGAGUUUUGUAAUAAAAAAAAGAACAAUAGUUCCAAUUCUACUGCGGAUGUCGAUGAUGCAGUUGUAAUAUCCGAGGUAAUACCAGCGUCAACAACAACUUAUAAUAAAGUAACUACUAGUAAUAAUAGUAAUAUCGAGGUAGAAAAUGAUAUUUCCUCAUUAGUUAUUAGUAAUGAUAUCGGUCUUUAUAUUAAUUCAUCACGUGUUAUUGAAGAUACUGUUAAAAUAAAACUUUUGGAAAAUAAGUGGAAACCACCCCCUAGCUUUAAAUAUCCGUUUUCAGUUCAUAAAAAACAGGGAAAGGAAGAAAAACGAUUUUUGAGGUAUAACCAUUUUGAACAAUAUCCAUGGCUUGUUUAUUCGAAGUCAUUAUCUGGUUGUUUUUGUUUAUACUGUACAUUGUUCUUGGUUCAAAAUACUGGUGGAAAACAAAAUACUGAACAAUUAAAAAAAUUAGUUACAGUUCCUUUAAAGAAAUAUGCUAAAUUACUAGGCAAACAUGGUGAUUUGGAAACUCAUAGUAACAAUGAUUAUCACAAAAAUGCUAUCUUACGUUCUGAAGAUUUUGUACGAACUCAUCUCUGUCCCGACAAACGAGUAGAUAAUUUAUUAAGUACCGAACGUUAUAGACAAGUAACUGAAAACCGAAAUCGGUUAAAGCCAAUUGUUGAAUCUAUAAUAUUUUUGGGCCGCCAAAAUAUUGCGUUUAGAGGACACCGCGACCAAGAAAAUUUAACUGAUAAACAUAAUUUAAAUGAAAUUAAAAUAUCAUCUUCUGUAGUUAACGAAGUUAACUUUCGUGAACUUUUGAGAUUCCGUAUUGGAUCUGGAGAUGAUUGCUUAAAAAAUCACUUGCUUACAGCCCAUUCAAAAGCAACAUAUAUCUCACAUACCACACAAGAUCAAUUGAUUAAAUGUUGCAAAGAAGAAAUACUAACGAUUAUUUUAAAAGACGUAAAAAAAAGUCGAUAUUAUAGUAUUAUAUUUGAUGAGACCACGGACAUAGCUCAUAUUUCUCAAAUGAGCUUAAUUUUAAGAUAUAUCGAUGAAAAAAAUCAAGUUUUUGAACGAUUUGUCGGAUUUUUGAAUUGUCAUGAUAAAUCUUAUGAUAAUGCAAAUGUUGACGAAGAACUUCAAGUAAACGAAUCCAAAUUGACUGGAGAAAAAUUAGGAGAUAUUGUAGUAUCUAUUUUAAAAAGCAUGUCACUGGAUCUUGAAAACUGUGUUGGUAUUGGAACAGACGGAUGUUCGGUCAUGAUUUCUCAACUUCGUGGUGCUGUUCAACAGGUCCAAAAACAUUGUAUAAAUGCUGUACACAGUCCCUGUUCUAACCACGCAUUAAAUUUAUCAAUUUCAAAGUCAUCAGACGUACAGCUUUCUUGUUUAUCAGAAAUUAUAGAAAGUUUAACUGACAUAUCUGAAUGGACUGACCAUAUUUCUUCGUCAAAAGCUAAAACACUUUUAAUGGCUGUAACUUGUUGUGAUUUUAUUAUUACCUUAUUUGCAUUGACAGACGUUUUAAGUGUUACACUACCAGCCAGUAGACUUUUGCAAAGUUACGAUAGAGACAUUGCAGAAGCAUCUGAUAUAAUCAAUGGUAUUAUACUUACCCUCUCUGGAAAACGAUCUAAUUGUGAAUCAGACUUUUCACAAUUAUUUGAACAAAGUAAGAAUGUUAUGAAUACAUUGGACAUUGAUUUAAAAUUACCAAGAAUUGCCAAACGCCAAACACAAAGAUCUAAUACUCCUGCUCAAUCACUAGAAGAAUAUUAUCGUCGAGUUUUAUAUAUUCCACUUGAAAACAUUUCAGAAGACUUGCAGUCACGAGAAAUAGAACUAUGGAAAACCAAAUGGAUUGAAAGUAAAAAUGAAUGUAAAACAAUUCCUGAAAACGUAUUAGAAUCAAUUACGCAAUGUAAUGAAAUACUAUUUCCCGGGAUCAGAAAAAUACUGAUUAUAUUAGCUACUUUGCCAGUAAGUGUUGCUUCCGCAGAGAGGAGUUUUUCGACGUUACGCAGAUUAAAAACUUGGUUAAGAAGUCAAAUUGGACAGGAAAGAUUGACUGGUUUGGCACUGUUGCAUGUACAUCGCGAUAUAGAAUUAGAUACAUGGAAAAUAAUAGAUCGGUUUGCAGAACACAAACGCAUUAAAAAAUUUGUUUUAUAG